UUUUACUAAUGACGUCCUUGCAAAAAAAGCUAUUUCAUCAAAAUGCAAAUAUUUUUAUUUGUAGGUUUAGGUUAGAAUUUCCAAAUUGAAUCUGGAAGGAGGGCAACAACUAUAACUUACAUUUUGGAUUUUAGAAAAUGGCAGCCCCACCACUGAUGAGAAGCUUAAGCACUAAAGCUGAACAGAACAAGAAACUUCAACGACCUCGACCUCUUAGGACGUCUAGCAGCCAAAGCAGAAUAUCUGCAGACUUCACCAAUAUUGACCACUUACAAGAACUCAUGAUCUUAGUGGAUAGCGUGAGUCAGAGUAUUCUUGAUCAGAACUACUCCGACAAGUUGAUCAGCAACAUUGCGGCAAUGAGUGUGAGACUGAAACAGAAUGGUUAUCAGCUUGAGUCAAUUUACAAAGAUCAACUUGAUCGAGCAUUCAAUAUAUUUCGGGAUGGUUGCCAAAACGAGUUUCUUCUUUGUUCGACGAGACUUCAUUUGUUACAGUUAGUUGAACUAAGAGCUAAUCACUGGACGGAUACUGAUAAAACUCAAUUUUACUACUCUGCAAAAAUGGCUGCUGAGAUGGAACCUUCUAUUACGACUCCUGAUACGAAUACGACAACGAUUCCGAUGACAACCUCCUCUCCUCCCACCCCUCCAGUCCUCGGACCGGGAGAAGUACUGAAGACAUCUGGAAAAUUCUCGAAACCUACAAAAAUACCUGGGAAAAACUACUGCAAAGACGAAGUAGUUAUCAGGAACAGUGACUCAGGAAAAGCAGAAUACAUGAGACCGUUGAUAAUCAAAAGUCCGGUGGUGUGGAACACUGCCCGCUACCUUUACCCUCCUACCUUCUUUCCUCGUCACGCUCCCAUCUACAUGGGUCCUCCUCCUAGACCUUGGGCUGUGAAUCCUGGGGCUAAAGAACGCCUCGUUCAAAUAACAGGACCAAGCGAAGACAAAAUCAAUAACGCGCGGCAACUGAUGGAAGAUACGAUCCGUCGCAAUGCUUCGCCAAUACGGGAGGGAGGUGAUAGAGAGAGAAUCGGCGGUUCCAAUUCUAGUCUGAACAGCAGUGCUUCCGAUGAAAGCGGCCGUAACCCACUCCAAGCAUUUACACUAGCAGGAUCUCGGCGUUCACUUCCUCACAGCUUUUCAACCAAUGAUGCCAACCUUGGGGAGUACAAAUAUACUGUGACACUUGGUCAUGAUGUGGUCAAGAUCACGGGUACCAACCACGACGUGGUAAAGAAUGCCAGAUUGGUGCUGGAAGAAUACUACAACAUUUGGCUGCAAAAGAAUUACAGCGGCGACUGCUUCGGGAUGGAUGAGGAUGUUUUCCUUGACUCGGCUGUGGCUGCGGACAUUGGGAUGAUGCACCUAAACCCUCUAGACCCAGGUAAUGGUAAGACUCAUCCAGUGUCAUCCAGUAGUGGGGACAGUGACGAUGUCACCUGUAUCAGCACAAUCACUCCGCCAGACGCUGGACUGGGGUAUGCGCCGCUGUAUUCUCCAUCAGUAUCAGAACCCAUUGACACUACUCCUCUCUCUCCGUUGUCGUUGGACAGUGCUCACACUCGUAAGUACAGCCGAGAGUUUCUUCUGUCUUGCUCCCUGUCGCAGCACUCUCACGCGACCCCUCUACAAUGGCCCUCCAUUAGUGAGAGAUUUCCUGCCAUCGUCAAGAAGAGUGUGGCAGAAGGUCAGAUCAAGAACCACCAGACAAAUCAUCAAAACUGACGAGGAUUCACAUGCAUAUCACAAACAUUAGUUACUUCCUACACCUGUGACUAUUCAUCUUACUCUCAUUCUAUACAUUCAUUUUUAAGGAUUCAAAACUGGUGUAUAGUAUUAAGCUCGUUAAAAUAUCUUCUAAUAAGUUUUUAGGUCAUCAAAUUUGUACCUAUUAUUUUGGUAACUCUUUAUUUGAUUAAGUGUGAAACUUCUAGGUAAUAUCUAUUACUGUUUUAUCUAGUAUUAAUACAAUAAUUUCAAGAUUCAACUUUUUAAAUUGUAUUGUUUGACUGUUUACUCAGAAUUAUUGAGCGAAUUUAUAAGCUGUAAGAUUGUGUUAAAUGUUUUUCACCACACUAUUAUGUUUUUAGCUAUUUUUACAUACGUUAAUUGGUGGCUGAAUGUUACCUUUUGCUGGCCAUGCCAGCUGUCAUCAUCAUUUGGGGACCGAUCAGGUUUUUACAUCCCUAGGGCCGCAAAAUCACCUGCCCGAUUUCUUAAAACAUGAAUGCACAUUGCAAUAGAAUUGUUUUAUUGUCACAGCUGCCUAGCAACUAUUUAUUAUUAUUUUUGCUGAUUCCUCAAAUUAUAUCUUCACAUAACCUUAAAGUUGUAGUUAUGUUGACUAUAAGUGUGCAUUAUUAUUGUAGUGAAGUGAAUGGUGGUAAUAAUAGGGUAUAGUGUGGUGAAAAAUAGCCUUUGUACCACGGACCGAAAUGGUUUUGCAGCUCUCGAUCGUUUUAAGUUCUCGACUUUGUCUCAAACUUAAAAACUAUCUCGAGCCAGCAAAACCUCAUUUUCGGCCCAAGGUACGAAAUAAACUAAGUUAUUCAAGUUCAAAUAGUGGUCAAUUGACUAGAAAUAAUGUUUGCUCCUUUACCUUACAUUACCACUGUGGCCAUUCAAACAAGUAGGUUUUUAGCCUCCGCAACGAUGUACCACCAGUCUCCCUUCCAUCAAAGUCUUGGCCUUCGUAGUGGUCUGGUGCCUGCAGGUCUCCCCAGGGCUGUAUUUAGAAUCAAAAGUGGUCCCCUCUAUAUUCUCAUUUGGAACUUAAGGGUUUAGAAAACCCAGUGGAAUUGCUUUAACUCAAUGAAUUGACCUUUUCCAAUCAGUUUAUACAAAAUCUAUACUCACGGCCAAAUUGUAAGCGUUUUCUGCGUUCACAGUAAAAUCGUGGACAUCUGCCGCGGUUUUGGAGGGUUAUUGAACAUCUACGUUCACGGCAAAAUAGUGAACAUUAUGCACAAUCGCAGUGACAUCAUUUUUUCGACCCCUCCAAUCACAAUGAAUUCAUGGACGUCUCCUAUGGCCGCGAAGAAAUAUUUAACAUACUGUGCAGGUGCGGAAAUAUCGUAUUUGUCUCCUCCAAUCGUGGCAAAAUCAUAAACGACACCUAUGGCCGCGGAAUACGCUAGUUGCAUACACUACCAUACCUACAACAGUGUUUUAAUUACCAACAUUGUCUCCUUCGCUUAUGACAAAAUCGUAUAUUCUUAAUUUUGCUGGGACAUGAUCUUUGACUCGAUCGCUGUCACGAUAAAAUCCUGGACAUAUUGCGGAUGAAUUGCACAACUCCUCUAUUAACAGUGAAAUAGUGAAGAUUAUUUGUGGUCACGCAGAUAUCAUCAAAGUCUACCACGGUCACAAACAAAUUAACAGGAACAGAUUAUCGGGAAAAUAAAUGCGUAUCAAGAAAAAAUUGGGCCUGAAAUACGGCCCCCUCAAAUACUUCUUUAAUUUUGAUACAAAGAAGAAAUUUUUCCUCACUGCUACCAGUCUGCUUUCUACUUCUUCUUUGUUAUCUUGAGAAAACUUUACCCCUACCUAAGUUAAAAUUCUUGAUCUCUAGAUAAUUUUACCUCACCAAAUUGCAGAUUGCUAUCCAGAAUUUCUUCUUUACUUGAUAAUACGAGUUACUUUGUUUUUUCCUCAUUAAUCUUUAACCCAUUUUUUCUAGUUUCUUCUUUUAAUUCUAGCAUUAAUACUUUUAGUUCUUCUAUUGGUGAUAGUCCAUCGUCUUACUCCCGUAGUAACACAUUUGCUCCAUUACAUUGAGAAAAUGCUCUCUAAUAUGUAUUCCAUUUAUAAACCAACGUUAAAGUCGUACAACCACAGUGGUCAUAGAAUGUUGUAAAAACUGCUAAUAUCCUAAGCCUUUAACAUUUAUAAUGUUAGGAACAUAUUUAUUAGAUUACAAUAAAAUACAAGCAGGGUCAAACCUGUUUUAGAUCCAUUUUCUAUUUUUACAGUGAAUUACAUAAGUCUUCUUAAGUAUUUGUCACAUUUCAUUUUAUUUAUGGAUGCAAAAAUCAAUAAAAUCCAUACAGAACCCAUUAGCAACUGACCAUAAUCUAUUCACGUAACUCGCUGAUUUUACCAAAGGUAACAUUUGAAUGUAUUUGUUAGUGGCUUUUGUUGUUAAUUCCUUCUAAUAUUAAGUAUGUAUCGUAUUGUAAUUACCUUAGAAUUUUUUUGUUAUGUUUGUUAUUACAAGGGCUCGUUGAAAGUUACCUCUUCAUACUCUGGGUGCUGUAUAGGAUGUAGGCAAAAUUUCAUAAUCACAAUGCACUUAAUGUCCUAUAUCAGAAUGACCUUGUCCUAGUGAUGGUUUAAUUCCCUAUCAUAACAAAUGCUGACAUUAGAAUGCUACUUUCAUACUUGUAUAUUAUUUCCAAGGCCCUUGUAUAUUUUGUUUUGUUUGUCUUUUCCUUUAAUUUUUAUUAUGUUUUCAUUUGUACAUUCUAUUACACUAUUUGUCACAAAAAUUCAGUUAGUAGUUUGGAACAGAUAUGGUUAUAGUGUCAAAUAUUAUUUUGUCACUAAAACAUACAAGAGUCUUAAAAUGAAGGAAUUUUUUUCAAAACAAAAAGGAAAUUACGGUUCAUCUAAAUAUCUGAGAAAACACAGUCCAGUGGCUGAUAGAUACAUGAUUAAGUCACAAAAAAUAACUCUGAUAUUUCCUUACUUCUUCAAGGCCCCGUAGCUGUUGGGCAUAAUGUAAGACUAAAUUAUUUAAGUAGUCCCAUCACAGCUCAACAACAAAUAUUAAUUAGGACAUAAUUCUGGCGAAACCACAGAAGAGUAAGACAGAGGAUACAAGCGUAUGGGACUAAUGUGCGCUUUUAGCUCUGGUAUGUUGGGGCAGAAAUGUACUAGUUUACCGAGCAAGAAAGAGCCCGAACGGCGACGGUCACAUAGCAUUUUUAUUUUUGUACAGCAGUUGUAGCGCACAGGGUCUUCUUACAGCAUCAGCGCUGUAGUAUGUGAUGGCGAGGGGGAAAGGAGGGCGGAAGGGGACAGUGAAUAGAAUUUGCUCUAGACAGCAACCGGUGCUGGACACGACUUAAGUGUACCAUUGAAUGUAUCCUCUGUUUCAUACUGAAUGUGUCUUCUGUGUUUUAACAUUUCCUAAAUUAACAUAUUUUGUUUUAGUCUUACAUUUUACCAUGUAUCUAUUAGACCCUGGCUUCUUAACUUUCUUUAGGCCCUAACUAUUUUGUAUAUGAAUACAUGAUCCUCUAGAUUUUAUGAAAAAAAAACUAUAAUACUGAGUUUGCCAAUUUAUAGUUUGUUUAUCUGUUUUUAUUUCUGUGCUCAUCCAAAAAUUAUGCUUAGUAUCCACAUCACAAUCUUUCCUAAUUCCAAAUCACAAAAUAAAAAAAAAUACUAACUCCACGAUAAAAAUUCAGAGUUUUCCAUUCAGUAAUAUCAUUCAUUUGUAUGAUGAUAAACAUAUUUAAAAUCCUAUAAGACAGUAUUUUUAGAAUCUCAUAAUCUAGCUCUUUUCACAGGAAAAAUAACAAAUACAAAAUUUCUUUUGCAACUAUUAUAAUAUUUCAGAUGAGGUUGGUGUCUGGAUUAAAUAUCUUCGGGUGUUAAAUACAGCCUAUGUAUUUAGUUUUCUAUUUUCUCUAUAGAAUUUUGUGCCUUAGAAUUGUUUAAGAUUGAUUUGAUGUAUUUCUAUAACACAACCUUGGCUGUGCGCUUUUUUAUACUUGAUCUGGUUGAAAAUA